CACGUUGGUGUGGACUACGCUCUUUAGUUUCGGUUCUCGAUAGCUAGACCAUAGGGAGAUAUCUUGAGAUAUCUUGCUACUGAAAUCCUGUUUCGGGUUUAUAUCAACAUUGAAGGAGGGAACUCUGCUCAUCGAGCUCCCCGUCAUGGAACCCGAGUUUAAUACUCGCCCACUCUCUAUAAUUCAUCGUCCACGCCCAUCCCAAGAUCACGCGUCUCCUCCCUCUUCACCUGUACCUCCUCCUUCAUCCUUCACCCUUACAUCUCGUCGUCGUUCUUCCGCCGCCAACUUUCCUCCCGCAGGCCCACCACCGAGUCAACCAAUUCCAAGUCUACCAUCAGCUCCAAUCUGCCAUCCUGAUGAUGUUGAACCUUCUUCCGAAGAACUUCCAUAUACUACAAGACACAGGUCAAGCACUAGUGGUAGUGGUCCUAGCCACGCCAAUAAUGGUAGACCUUCAGCCUCUGCAAAUCUCGCUGCAAUAGCCGCGUUUCAAACAAGGCAAGCCUCUACUUCCGUGUCCAACAGUCCCCAGCCUUCUUCCAGCACCGUCGCACAUGACCCCAGCCUUUUUUCCGACCCCUCGCAUAGAUCUAUCCUUCAGCCAACGUCAUCUUCACACCACCAGGAUAUCGUGCCUGACCGUCUCUUGUUGUCACCGGCUCAGUCUCGCACACCCUCCCAAUCUCGCCCAUCUUCAAGACGUGCCCUCACAAGAGCCUUGGAACUCGCCCGUGAAGCAGUCCAGUUAGAUUCUACCAACGAUGACCCCCAUGCUGCUGUCAUGGCAUACGGUCGAAGUGUCGCUUUGCUUAGUGAAGUUAUGGAGCGAGUAAGAAGAGGCGAAGACAGCACAGAGCGUCCAAGACGAAAUGGCAGGCGGAGAAGUGUGGUCGCACAAGAAGAAGAAGUCAGACGUCUUAAAUCAAUACACGACACUUAUGCUGACCGUAUGAACAUUCUCAGCCUGAUAUACAGUAUACCUCCCAUACCCCACUCCCCAUCCUCUGUCUACGCCCCUUCCACAUCUACAGAGUCCACACAACCUGGAUCACCAUCGUCCAUCUCACCCACUUCUGACUCUCAUAAAGUCUCUUCGUAUCCAACGGAACACACUCAAGACGAGCCUCAGCACGUCGGAGUACUUAACCAUAACCAUGAUGACGACAAUGAUGGCCAUGAAGGCAUUGGAGCUGCCCUUCUCAAUGCUACUUAUUUGUCCACUGAAUUCGGUCAAAGAACCAAUGGCAUAUCACCUCAACAUCCUUAUGCUGCACCUCUGUCACCUCUUUCAUCAUCUGGUCCACAAGAUUCCAAUAAUUCUCUUAACCGAAACGCAACCCUUCCGGCGAACCGCACCCAAUAUACCCCAUCAGUCACUGGCCGACCUCGAGCAGCUUCUAUUUUUCCUCCCGCCGCCCCACCUCCAACUUUGUCUCCUCUACCACCACCCCCAGACUCUGCCGUACCCGCCAUGUCCGCAACGAUGCCUUCACAGACCGGCAGGUUCCUAGAAGCUACCUGCCCACGCGGAAAUUCAAUUGGACACAGACGAACAGGGUCAGGAACUAGACUGACUGCCGUCACUGAAGAGGGCGUCAGGAUUGUGGGCCCUCCCACUCUAGAGAACCUAUACGACCAAGAUCUUACAGCUUCCUUACCCCGACGGCCUGACACGCCACGCACUGCAAUCCGGGACUCUCACCCACUACCCCCACUUCCUUCACCCACAGCCACAUCAUACUCUAUACGGUCACUGGAAUCGCCACCACAACAAGUUGUUGUUCCACGAGUCCGCGGAGAGUCGAUGAGCGUGAUCAGUGGUCAACAAUUGAUCAGCACCUCCCUGGCGAUGGGUACGAUUCAUCAGAGGCGCACCAAGAUGUCUGCUCCCCCUUCUACCGACAGCCCUUCGCCUACUGAAUCACAUUCACCGUCGAUAUUCUCUCUUCCCACCCCGAAGCCUGCCGGAUCACCGGUACCCCCUAACACAGUACCUCUCGUAGUUGGACGACAUCGCGCGUCGUCACAGCCAGGACGACGGCCUUCUGUAGCUAAUGGCCGUAUCUCCCCGUUCGAUGUUCAACGACCCCCAUUACCACACACAGCAGGGCUUAACGGACUAAUACCCCGUAAAAUGUCCAAUCCUUCCAAGUUGCAGCAGAACAUCAGCAUUAAUAUACCACAACUGCCGCAAUUGACUCUGCAGACAGAAUUAUUAUCCCCGUCUCUGGCAUUAGCGCUGGUACCUCCACCAGCCCUGAUAUCCAAUUUGCCGACUACACCCACUUCUCCGCUUCCACCCGCUCCACCCGCUGACAGUCAAAGGAAGCCGUAUCAUAUGAUGGCACUCCUGGCGAAUACCAUGACCUCAAAGUCUGGUGGUUACAUCACCAGACGAUUGCAUGUGCCGCAAGAGGUUUGGUCACAAGGAGGGGCUAAGCUCACAAACAUACCAGAGAAAGUCCGCGUUGUAGAGGUACUCUGCUCAGCCCUGGAGGAGAUGCAGCAAUGCAGCGUGGAAUCUUUUGGCGCGAGCGUCGGCAGUGGACUAGCUUUGGGUAUCGGCAGUGUAACUCGCAAGGAAGCUGAGACAUGGGUAGGUAAAUUAGAGGAGUUUUCCUCGAUAUGCGAUAGUGUCGUCGCAAACUUUGGCAAGAAGCUUAGUGUAGGCGAAGGUUUUGUUGUUAAGAAAAGUGGGGGGGUAACAUCAUGGGGAGGUAAACUCACUCGGCAGAUUGACAAGUUUACCAACGGAAAAAACCUCGAUUCGCCUGCUGCUUAUGUGUCUGGAUUAAAUAAGCUGUUUACUAUAGCUCAGCUUAUCGAUGAACAUACAAAGGCAUUGUUAUCGCAGCCAGUCGCAGCCACAUACGCAGCGUUCCCUAUAGAUCUCCGGGCUGCUGCAGAAGUCAAGCUAAAACGCGCUUCCGAGUUCUUUGCGAGCGUCGUGCUGACAUUCGUCAUCCGUGACCUGGCGCAGCUGCUCGACAAGUACGCCAAAAAGUGCGAAAAGUGGCUCGCAGAAUAGUGAGGCAAACCCCCAUUCCCUCGGUCUGCGAAGCUGUAAUACUGUUACGAAGCAGUAUGUGUUUUAUUUCGGGACUAGAUGGGUUCACCAGAAUAUGUUUUAGCUUACAUUUUUAGUUUAUUUAUUCUACUUUUUUCGCGUUCUUUUUUUGCGUGUUUUUUUCCGCGCCUUUGUCUUUGUCUUCGUUCGGUGCACCUCUCACGUCCCCUCCCUUGCAUACUAUACAUUACACACUUUGGAAUUCUGUGCAUAUUGAAUGUAGGCUACAAAUCAAUUGCUCAAACU